AUGUAUGUAUGUCCGCAUAUUCCACAGCUUACUGGAUACCGGUUGCUGGCGGAUUCAUUCCACGCGUUCGCAAUACUCUAUCUGCUGUUCAACAUUUGGCGCACCAAGUCAUGCUUUGGCGUAUCGGGGAAAACACAGAUUCUGUACGUCACUGUGUUUGCGACGCGUUAUGCCGAUCUCGUCACGUUUCCGGAAACCUACAGCGUCUACAAUGUGCUGAUGAAGACACUCUUCAUCAGCGCAACGCUCAUAACGGUGCUGCUAAUGCACAGCAUCUACCGCAAAACAUACGACCGCGAAAAUGACACCUUUUACAAUGAGGUCCUUAUUUUGCCCUGCUUCGUGACCGCCCUCUUUGUGAAUUAUCGCAUGGAAGCGUUCGAGAUAUUGUGGUCGUUUUCAAUUUUUCUCGAAGCUGUUGCCAUACUACCGCAGAUGGAUUUAAUCUGCAAAACGUUCCAUGUGGAACCAUGGUUCAAGUGUUAUCUGCUCCUGCUCGGCUCGUAUCGUGCACUUUACAUACUCCAUUGGAUCGAUCGGUACAGUCAGUAUGGACUGUACGAUCCGUUGGCAUUCAUAGCGGGUGGCGUGCAGACAGUGCUGUUUGUACUGCUGGCAUUGCGUAUUGCCACUCUGAAGCAUCGAGAACGUAUCGUGACGGUUAGUACGAUCUGCUAG